GAUCGUACAUGAGUUUUUCUCAAAUUUAAUAAUGUUUUUCAAUGUCAACUUUUAAACUGACUUGAAAAUAAUCAUUACAGUCCUAUUGUUAUAUAAUUAUUAUAUUAAUUACAAUAUCAUAUUGUUACAAUUAUACUAGUACAGUUAUCUACAAUAAUAUCGUUAUGACUAUCCUGGUUUAUUAAUUUAACAUAAAAGGAUAAAUAGAACAUUGAAUUCUUGUGAAGAAGAGACGUAUGAUUUAUUUCUAUAUCUUAAUAUUUCGCAAUUAUGGAAGAAGUUCUUCAACAGUUGGGAGUAGGAAUUCGACCUGUGGAUGAUCCUUUCUUUGACGAUUCUUAUAAAGUCUGCAAAGUCUUUCAAAGGAAAGGCAUCACGAUUGACGACGAGGAGGAAUUAUGUCACGAAGUUAUUAAAGAGUUCUCGUGUUACGUCCCAGGAUGUCAGGCUACUUUUCAAACGUUAUUCGAUUAUGAGAUGCAUUAUAAUAGUUCUCAUCGAUACACUUGUACAGAGUGUAAAGCAUCUAGACCAAGUCCACGUCUAUUGGAGAUUCAUAUUCAAGAGACGCACGAUGCCUUUUUUAAAAUUAUGGCUGAGAAGCAAGCAAUGUUUCAAUGUUAUGAUUCUGAAUGUGAUAUAAAAUUUUACAAUCCGAUGGAAAGGAGAGAACAUUGCAUUAAAAUACAUAAAUUUCCAAAGAAGUAUCGGUUUGACAAUAUACAACAUUGUAUCAAGGAAGACGAAUCGAAUGAGAAUAGAAUGGAAAUCGAUGUUGAUGACAAAAGUAAAAGAAAACCUGCUAAAGUAUUCUUCAAAAAUCAAAAAAGCAAAAUGUUUCCAAAAGGUGCCAGUAUAGUCUGUAGUAAUAAUGCUAGCUCGGAAGCAAUUCCGACACCUAAUAUCAACACUAAAGUAACAACAUCAUUAGUUUUUGUUCCUAGACAAGUACAAAAAUCGUUUUCGAAGGUACUUACAGGUAAUCAAAAUAAAGAAAAGAAUGUUCUUGAAUCAGAAACUAUGACAGAACUUGCAGAUUCGCUGCCUGAUUGACAAUUUGUAUAUGUACAAGAUUCAUUUCAGUUGAAUUUCAUUGAUUGAACACUUUGAAAUAUUUUUCUAAGAAUAUGUAAUUUUUACUGAGACAAAU